AUGCAGACGGUAUACCUUCCUUCUAAUGAAGGAAUGAUAGUUGAUGAUGAACCAAAUCACAUGUCAAUCGUCUUAUAUUCCAAAGAAUCUAACAAGACAUUCAACAUUCAUCUUGAUGAUUACUCUCCCUCACCUCAAAAAGAGUCUCAAGAAAAUUAUGGUACUCAAGAAGAAAACUUCUCUUGUUUUCCACCAGAUCCUCCUCGGGACGAUGGUACUCCAGUAGAUACAUAUAAAGAAAAUACAUUUGAACCAAAGCCUGAACGUACUAGACUAACUGCCCAGAUGUUCACCAUUGAUGAAUUUCAUGGCACGGCUGCGUAUAUCAAGGGACAAAUUGUUUGUAACAUGCGGCGGAUCGAAACUCUAGAUCUGAAAAUUGAAAACACCAUCAAAGAUCAUAUCUCUCCGAUGUAUCAGAAGAUAGAUGAUUUUCUUCGGUCUUUAUCAAAUCUAGAUUACAUCUAUGAAGCUAAAUUAGAUCAUCUGCAGAGUCAUAUCACUGCUCAAGACUGGUAUAUUGUCACUCUUGAAAAGUCAGUUGCAGAACUUUCUAAAGCUUCAUAA